AUGUUCCUCAAUAAGUGUGAGGGGGAGCUGGGCGAGCUGCGGAAGCCGGGGGACGGCGAGGAGACGCCUCCAGCUGCUGCCGAGGAGGAGCAGCCCAAAAAGAAGCACCGGCGGAACCGCACCACCUUCACCACCUACCAGCUGCACGAGCUGGAGAGAGCCUUCGAGAAGUCCCACUACCCCGACGUGUACAGCCGAGAGGAGCUGGCCAUGAAGGUCAACCUGCCUGAGGUCCGCGUGCAG